AUGGGCAACCGAGUCUCAAAGCCCAAGCCUGGCACUGAAUUCCAAGUCAUUGGGGCUGGGCUCCCUCGCACUGGCACGGCAUCUUUCAGUGAGGCACUUCGCAUUCUCCUCGAUGGCCCCGUCUACCAUGGAGGCACGCAGACGACGCUGGGAAAACCAGUGGAGAUUAAAUCUUGGAUCAAGCUGCUGUCUCACUGGCCUCCAGCCAACCCGACUGAUCGGGAAGUUGUGCUUGACAUUCUAAGAGACCGCAUUGGCGGCUAUGCUGCCAUCACGGACUCUCCUGCUGCAGGACUUGUGGAGGAAUUGGUGGAACUAUACCCAGACGCAAAGGUCAUCUGCACAGUCCGCGACAAGGACAGUUGGGUGAAGAGCAUGGCCGGAGUAAGUGGCGCGGCAACCAUGUGGUUCCUACGCGGCGUACUGAUGCCCAUUCCGGGCAUGCGGCACUUCGUGGACUACAUCGAGGGGCUCCGCAAGCAGUGGGCGUUCCUGUAUGGAGACUGUGAGCCGGCCACAGUAAAGACAUACGACCGGCAUAUGAUGUGGCUGAAGGAGAUCGUGCCCGAGGAUCGACUGAUAUUAUUCAAUGUCAAGGAUGGGUGGGGGCCGCUGUGUAAGGCACUUGGCAAGCAGGUCCCCGAGGGCGUCCCCUUUCCGAGCAUUAACGACGGGCAGGCCAUCGAUAAAUUUGCGAAGCUGAUGGUCCAGCGCGGGAUCCUCCGAUGGCUGGUGAUCUUCCUGACGCUUGGCUUGGCUUUUGUCCCUUUUAUUUGGAUAUAG